AUGAACCAGAACCCCAUCCCAGAUGUUGAGCGGCAGGCCCUUGAGCAUGCGAUCAACUUCAACAACGAGUUCGGAAAGUUGAUAGAGAGCAACGUCCGGUUUGAAGAGUUUGGUUGCAGUCUGAUGGCCGAGACUUUGCAAAAGUGGGCCGCACGAGAUCCUCAGGUGUCUGCGAGAUUGAAGCGGAGACUUGCAAAACCGCGGUGCCCGCUGGAAAUGGAGGUAGCCGUGAUGAUGUCACGGGGUGGAGGCUCCCAGAAGGUCGAGUGCACUCCCACUGAGUAA